UGUCAAAAGAAUUCGACUUGAAUUGUAUGCGGAUCCAUUCAGAUCCAUUUCAAUCUCGAGAGAAGAGACUCCUCUAAAAGUUUGAACAUUGAUGCUAUUGAUGCCAAUAAUUUGUUCGUUAGGAAAUUAUUGGCAGUAUUAUGAUUUACGUUACAAUCGCUGUAAAAUAACCUACCGGCAUCAGUAUCUAUAAAUGGUGCCAAAUGCAAUCAAGAAACUGAGAAAAUAAAUACAAAUCUUACAGAAUGUGCUAUUGUUGACCAGGAAGAGAUGCAAUUGUUUCAGCUACAAAGCAAUAUAUGAGCGCUACGAUAAUGGAUGAAGAGAAAAAAUGGAGAAUAUUUACGUUUAAUGGGUUAUUUCAAUAUGACAGAAACCUGGAUGAAAUUUCGGUUGUUUUUGCAUCUUAUCAUUGACUUCUAAAUCGCACUUGAGUCAUUGAAGAGAAACCGAUAUAAGAUUUUGAGCGCAAAGUAUUGACGGGUUUGCCAUGUAACAAAAUUUUCGUACUCCGAAUUAUCCCGAAAGGUGGCAGCACGAUGGCGCUCCAUUUGCAUGUAAAAAAUGGCGGAUUGCAAGGAGAUUAAAGACGAAACAAACGGGCCUCAGCCUCCCAUAAUAAUGAAAUUCGACGCACCGGAUGAAUCCAGCGAAAAUUCCGCAAAUGAAGAAAUGGAGGGGCAAUCUUCGGAAGAAAAUUCCCAAGAUCUCACUUCACCUUCUGUUAAAUCAAGCACUAAAAUUCAUUGUCCGGUAUUAUCAGCAUCAAGAUUUGGAAAUUCAUUUGGUGUCAGUGAAUUUUCAUCAACCGUUAGUAAGCCAAAACCUGCAAUAUUAAGGCCUUCGCAACUAAGUGCUGUGACAAAUAAUCCUGGUCCCUCCGUUAAGACUGUUUUGCAACCUGCAAAGUUCCAUAAUCCUUUUACAAAAGCUGCACAUAAUUCCACGAAUGUUGAAGAUGCUUCAGCAGACAACACAGACGAUACAAGUGAAGUUCCAAAGGAAUCUAGUAACGAAGAAAAACCAGAGGAGGAUGGAAAACCUAAAUUUUUACCCUUAGGAGCAAGCACAAAGGAAAAUGAAAAUAAUGUAAAUAGUACCGUAGCCCCCAGUGCAUCGACGCCAAGUUUUGUUUUUGGUCAGAAUCUUAAAGAACGUGUUACCGUCGCAAACGAUACGGAAAAUUCCGAUAGUUCAGAGAAAGAAGAAACAACAGGGGAAGAGACUAGUGAAAAUGGUUCCUCCGAACUAAUGUUUUCAAAUGCUGCAGUAGUAUGCCGCAGUACGAGUCGGCCUGGUCUAACGUUGACCGAGGCUGCACAGGAAUUGGAAGAAGCUAGUAGGGCGAAUAAGCGUAAAUACAGUCAGGUGACGCUGCUUACUGGCGAAGAAGGCGAGACUAAUAUUCUUCAAAUUAAUUGCAAACUUUUUGCCUUCGACAAGGCAACGAGUAGUUGGCAGGAAAGAGGGAGAGGCACUUUGAGACUAAACGAUCGAGAAGAAGAGUCUAGAUUAGUUGGGCGAACUAUAGGAACUCAAAGAUUGGUACUCAACACUAAAGUUUGGCCAGGAAUGACCGUGGAAAGAGCCAGUCCAAAAUCUCUGAGACUAACUGCCAUGGAUGUCCACGGGGACAUUAGAAUUUUUAUCGUUCAAGCAGCCCCAAUGGAAGUGGAUCAGCUUCACGACUUGCUGAUGCAACGAUUGAAACGCGCUCAGGAACGUCAGCCCAAAAAGCUGGCCACCGAUCACUGACAGCAUCGGCCGAUGGAGGCUCCGAUGAAGCAUGAUUCGUACUUCAGCUAGACUCUUGCGCAUCAGGAGUCACCAAGACGUUAUAGGAAUUCGAUGCUUUUGAAAAGUAAGGCCCUAUCCGGAGCGUGCACAAUGGAACGGAUUGGCUAUGAUUCGUGCCUUUCCUAAUAGAAGUCGUAGCCUGUCAAAAAAAUGUUGCGCGAUACAUGCGAGGGAUAGAAAGGAGCUUCGGCAUUCGAUCGAAAUGAAUUUUAUUAUUUUGAUGAGAUACCAACGCCUUUUUCUAAUCAUUCCCAAUUGAUAUUCUUUUACACUAAAUCUGAGGGUCUUAAACAUAAUAAUGUGUAUACGUGUAUUAGAGGGAGGUUACUAGUUAGAUUUUUAACGGUAGCAUAAUAUAAAUUAUAAAUAAUUUGUAUGCAGUUCGACGUAACGAAGUUGAGGUGUUUCAUUUGAGAGAAGCAUUUGUGCGAACGAUCGGCGAACUCCUCGAGGAAGAGGAGCGCCCUUACAUAUUUCGAUUGCCGACGAGCUUCGGCAAAACCUGCUAUUGCGCACGUCGGGGUGCAUUUCUCUUCGGCCGACCGGGACAUAUGAUAUACAAAACGCGUAUCGCUGUUUCGUAACAAAGACGAUGAGUUUAAUGUGGCGAUCGUUCGGUUACGCUAAAGCCUCUCGCCGUCGAUAUUUAGAAAUGAAUUUCACGGACUUUCGAUAAAAGCGGCAUUAUUACUGUACGCGCAUUUUUUGUCUCCUAGCUAUAAAGGAAAUUUUGAUCUAGCGACGAGAAUGGAUCGUAAAGUUUCCACUUAAAGGUGUCCCGUGCAUAGCCGGAUCCAUAAUUUUUCUAUGGUUGAUCACUUUACACUCAACGUUCUUUUCAUUUUCUCACUUUUUCUCCCUCCCUCUCUUUCCUCUCUUCUCCUACCUUCUCUUUCAAAGUAUCUGUCGAGAAAAUGAGCAAAGUCAGGGAGAAAGUCAUUAUAUCAUUGUAUGAUAAGCGAGCGGAGUAAUCAGCGUUACGUGAAGCAGUCUGUAAUAUAAAUGGCGCAGAACGUGGUGUUAGUAAUUGCAGAGGAAGAAUGCCCUGUAUACUUCGUUCAUUACAUUAAAAUACAAGCAUUUACAUAAA